UUUGGCCGGACACCACUUUCCCUGGCAGUUGGAAAUGGCCACGAGGUAGUGGUCAAGCUUCUGCUUGCAACAGAGCAGGUGGAUAUCAACUUUGCGGAUCGAUCUGGCCAGACACCAUUUUCCCUGGCAGUUCAAUGGGGCCACGAGGCAGUGGUCAAGCUUCUGCUUGCAACAGAGCAGGUGGAUAUCAACUUUCCAGAUCGAUCUGGCCGGACACCACUUUCUCUGGCAGCCCAAUGGGGCCACGAGGCAGUGGUCAAGCUUUUGCUUGCAACAGAGAAGGUUGAUGUAAACUUUCCGGAUCGAUUAGGCCGGACACCAUUUUCCCUGGCAGCCCAAUGGGGCCACGAGGCAGUGGUCAAGCUUCUGCUU